CUUAGUCACACCUCCAGGCUCCAGCAGUACUCUCUUUGGUUUUCAUCUUCACCAUAUCUGUAAAUUGAACUCUCGACAGGGAGAGUCUCGAGUGAAAAAAGAUGGGCCGCUCCCUUCUUUCUCAGUUCGUCAAUCUCUCCAGCACUUGUCCACGCUUCAUGUCCUAUAGCACUUCAAGUAAAUUACAACGAAGACUACAUUUGACUCAAGAGAAUCAUAUUCCAAUUGUUGGAGGUGUUAGCAGCCAAAGAUGCUAUUGCAGUGUUGCAACCCCUGAACCUGUCAUUUCAGAGACUUCCUCCACCUCUAUAAGAAAGAGAAUCGUAUCAGGUGUCCAGCCAACAGGAUCUAUACACCUUGGGAAUUAUCUUGGUGCAAUAAAAAAUUGGGUAUCACUACAGGAUAAGUAUGAGACGCUAUUCUUUAUUGUGGAUCUCCAUGCGAUAACUCUACCUUAUGAUGUCCAACAACUGUCUAAAGCAACUAAAGAAACCGCAGCACUUUAUUUGGCAUGUGGUGUGGACACCUCAAAGGCUUCUGUAUUUGUUCAAUCUCAUGUUCGUGCCCAUGUAGAGCUGAUGUGGCUGCUGAGUGCUGCCACACCAAUCGGUUGGCUUAACAGAAUGAUUCAAUUCAAAGAGAAAUCGCGUAAGGCGGGGGAUGAAAAUGUUGGGGUUGGUCUUUUGACCUAUCCGGUGUUGAUGGCUUCUGAUAUUCUUCUUUAUCAGUCUGAUUUAGUCCCAGUUGGCGAGGAUCAAAAGCAGCAUUUAGAAUUGACACGAGAAUUGGCUGAACGGAUUAAUCAUUUAUAUGGUGGUAGGAAAUGGAAAAAAUUAGGAGGGCGGGGUGGUUCAAUCUUUAAGGUUCCUGAGCCCUUAAUUCCACCAACUGGAGCACGUGUCAUGUCCCUUACUGAUGGUCUUUCUAAGAUGUCGAAAUCUGCUACUUCAGAUCAAUCUCGAAUUAAUUUACUCGACUCAAAAGAUGCAAUUGCAAACAAGAUUAAGCGUUGCAAGACAGAUUCUUUUCCUGGGUUGGAGUUUGACAAUGGUGAUAGGCCUGAAUGCAAUAAUCUUCUUUCCAUAUACCAAAUCAUUACAAACAGGACAAAGGAGGAAGUUGCACAGGAAUGUCAUGACAUGAAUUGGGGCACUUUUAAACCUGUUCUUACUGAUGCUUUAAUUGAUCAUCUCCAUCCAAUCCAGACUCGGUAUGAGGAAAUCAUGUCAGAACGAGGUUAUUUGGAUGAGGUUUUAGCAGAAGGUGCAAGCAAAGCUGCAGAGAUAGCAGAUUCUACUCUCAGUAAUGUGUAUCAGGCAAUGGGAUUUUUGAAGAGAUGAACAAAGACUAUAUAUAAUAAAUUGACCAGUUUUAUUUUUUUAAUUUUUAUACAUUCUUGGUGAUUGAAAAUGCAAAUUAACAAAACAGGAUCACAUUCUUUUGAU